UGUGUGAGACAGAGAGAGACAGACAGAGAGCAGGGAGGGCUCUGGCCACAUCUGUCUGAGGCUUAAGGAAGGAAGGAGAAGAGAAGAGAAAUGAGCUGAGUGAGCAAGGACGUGGCUGGGAAGUCAGAGGGACUUAGAACAUUUUCCCCGUAGACCCAGGUCCCAGCAGAGCCACAGAGUCUGAGAAACCUUUGGGGCCAGAAGAAACUCCUCUCUCCCAGCAUCCUUCUCCCACCCUUCGAGCUGGGAUCCCUGAGGCAUGGAGGAGCAGCUGGACUGGGCAGCCUAUGGCGAGAACCAGACGGGCGACUGUGAGUACGAGGAAUGGAGCCCGUCCCUGGUGCUCCUCCCCACCAUCUAUCUGCUGGUUUUCCUGCUGGGCACCAUAGGCAACGGCUUGGUGCUGUGGACCAUCUUCCGGGGAGGGCAGGAGAAGCGGCGCUCAGCCGACACCUUUAUUGCCAACCUAGCCAUGGCUGACCUGACCUUUGUAGUGACCCUGCCACUUUGGGCUGCCUAUGCCUGGCUGGGAUACGACUGGCCCUUCGGCUCCUUCACAUGUAAGCUCAGCAGCUACUUGAUCUUCGUCAACAUGCACGCCAGCGUCUUCUGCCUGAUGGGCCUCAGCAUUGAUCGCUACUUGGCCAUCGUGCGGCCCAUGGCUAAUGCCAAGCUGAGGUGGAGGGCCAGUGGGCUGGUGGCCACCAUUGUCCUCUGGGCCUUGGCGGCCAUUUUUGCCUUGCCAGCCAUGAUCCUCCGGCAGGCAGCGGUGCUAUUGGGAGAAACCAAAGUGACGUGCUAUAUGGACUACUCAGGUGUGGUGGCCAAUGGGACUGAGGGGGCAUGGGAGGUGGGGCUGGGCCUGUCCUCCACCAUGCUGGGCUUCGUGAUCCCCUUUGUCGUCAUGCUGACCUGCUACUUCUUCAUCGCCCGCACCAUCGCUGACCACUUCCGGAAGGAGCGUGGCGAGGAGCUGAGGAAGAGGAAGCGACUGCUGAGCAUCAUCAUCGUGCUGGUGGCCACCUUUGCCCUCUGCUGGCUACCCUACCACCUGGUGAAGACCAUCUAUGUGCUGAUGGACCUGGAGGUGAUUCCCUGGUCCUGCGGCUUCCAUGCCUUCCUCAAUAACUUGCACCCCUACUGCACCUGUGUGGCCUACAUCAACAGCUGCCUCAACCCCUUCCUCUAUGCCUUCUUUGACCCUCGCUUCCGGCAGGCCUGUGUCGCUGUCCUGUGCUGCAGCAGGGGGCGCUGGCCAGGGUCCAGCAAGGACAAGUCAGCCAGCUACUCCUCUACCCACAGUCAGAACCUGCAGGGAAAGGGUGGGGAGCUGCCACAGGAGAAACUGGGUCCAGGCAGGCAGGAAACUCUGCUCCGAGGCUAAGAGAAGGGGGAUGACAUGGACCCGCCCUCUUGGGGACAUCAGGUAGAGUGAGUCCUCCUCUGCUGUCCCUCUGUCUUCCAUUGCUUCUCUCACUCCUUCUUUCGUACUUUCUUUUCUCUCUCCAUCGCUGUCUCCCUCUUUCACCCUUCACCACCUCUUCCAUUUCUCCUUCUUCUCUUCCUCCAGCUCGCUCUUGGAUUUGCUUCUCCCUUGCCACAGGCCUUGUGCAGAUAAAGCAUUCCCAAGGCCCGUGGCUACCCCGCAGAACCUCAGCGCAACCCUUCCAGGCACGGACUGUCCGCUAGGGGACCAUCUACACUGCGGCUGGGAGAAGCCUCCCAGACCUACCCACCCAAGGAUGGAUCCAAGAGCUCUGGCAGGCUUGUGCCUGGGUGGCUACCCAGGCCGCCAUCCACUCUGCAAUGGCCACACACGGCUAUUUUUAGGGCGUUAGCUCCCGCAGACCUAGCCUUAUCUGUCUCCCCAGCUGCAGUGUAGACGUACCCUAAAGCAGCAGUUCUUAACCAGGGGUCCGAGGCUCCCUGGGGGGCCGUGAGCAGGUUUUAGGGGGUCCGCCAAGCAGGGCCAGCAUUAGACUGACUGGGGCCCGGGGCAGAAAGCCAAGGCCCCACUGGCCCGAGCCCUGCCAACCGGGCCUCAAGCUGAAGCCUGAGCAGCUUAGCUUUGCAGGGCCCUCUGAGGCCCUGGGCCAUUGCCCUGCUUGCUACCCCUUAAUGCCAGCCUGGCUUUUACAUGCAGAAAACCAGUCGCGGCACAUACGGGCCGUGGAGUUUUUAUAGCACGUUACGAGAGCCACAGAAAGAAAAAGGUUGAGAACCCCUGCGCUAAAGGGCUCAUGACCUGGAGGCAGACAGCCCCAGGGAUGAAGGGUUUCUGCAUUCCCGGCCCUUCCCCCGCACACCGCCUUUCCCACCCCCCAGGGCUGGCAGGGCCAGCCCCGGGCAUUGGCUGGGCAUUGGGGGUGUGGCGUUGGUUUGGUGGGGGGGGGAGGGCUAGAAGACUACCCCCAAAUAACCACCCCCUAACGCCCUCCUGCCUCUAGAGUGAGCCUGAUCUGCACAGUGUCUUGUGGCUGGAGGGAAGGGUUGGCUCCUGCUGCUGCCUCUCCUGAGACACUGGCUCCUGCCCCCCUGAAAAUUCACUCUGCCCGUUGUCUGCUGUGGUGGGGUGAGGGGAGGAGGAAGAGUCUGCAACCCCCACCCCCAUCCACACCCUCCUCCCCCUCUCUCUUAAUGCCUCGGUCAAUACCCAGACCCACAAGGUGUUGGGAGCAAUUCUUCCCCCAGCUGGGUGGGGCCAGUGGGAUCGCCCCCCUCCCCAGGCACAUACAUUCCCUUUACUGAGAGCCACCGUCCCCUCACCCAGCCCCCCCUCCUUUACAUCACCCACCCACCCAGGAUCCCCCGCUGGGCUUGUUUCAUCUGGGGGUGAGUGUGGGCCCCACAGCCACGCCAGGCUCUGUGUUGUGUGGUGUGUGUGUGUGUGUGGGGGGGAAGGCGUAUGUGUCCCACUUCAGCCAUGAUGUGAGAAGAGGAGGAAAUCAUCUCACAAUGGAGGAAAAAGAGGGGCUGGGGUCAGGAGGGUCCCCCCCCCCGAUUUUGAAAUCCAAGCUGCUGCUCCCUCAUGUCCUGUGUUUAUUCACCUGCUCGCCUUCACCCACAUGUCAAAAAAAGACUGUGAGGAGGUUAACGAGGGUCACGGCUCACAUGUCGCCUUCUUCCCUCUGCUCAGAUAGCCUCAGCCACAACUCCAAAGCAGCUCAGAGGAUGAGCAUGCAGGGAACUGCCCUCCCUGGAAGGAGGGGCUUUGGUUUGAUUGCGGGGCGGGGGUGGGCUAUAUAGAUAUAUAUUGCUCUUGCUUGUUAACCAACCCCUGACAAUAAUACUGGGCCCUUCUCAUCAGCAGAUUGCAAAGUGCUUCCCAAAGUAGGUUGGUACCAGGUGGGGAAACUGAGGCACGGCACAAGGACGUGCCUUGCCCAGAAUCACCUAAGAGGACAGAUGCAGGAAUAGCACCCAGGUUGCCAGCAUCCCCAGGCACGGCUCUACUCACUGUCCAUGCCCUGAGUCUGAUGGACUAUGGGAGAAGCUGUGUAAGAAGGGCAUUGUGGGGAGCGAGGGGUGGGCAGUUUUGCUAUUCAGACUGGGCUGUGGCAGGGGAGGGGCCAGUGGGUCACUGGGCCGCAUCUCUCGCCAUGUGUCCCUUUUCUGGGUGAGGGGCUGAAGGGCGAGGGAAGGGGACGGAAGGGCCAGGUCGGCUAGCGACCAAUGAGUGCAGAGGAGCAGGAGGUGGAACAGCAACAGGAAAGCUCUGUGGUCGCAGCCGCUCCAGUAGGAUGCAGUGGAUUUGCUGGGCCACCCACCCACACUGCCUCUCAGGACCAUGCUAGUAUAAGGCCUGGGGCUGAUGUGCUGUGGCCGCAUCCCUCUUCACCCAUAAGGGCUCUGGAGGGACUUUGGGCAAACAAGAGCAGUCCCUGACCUGACCCAGCCCUUGGGGGAAUGGUGAAGACUCUCGGCUCGCUACGGAUCCACUGAGGCUGGAGAAGGUGUCCCAGGGAGGGUGGGCAGCUCCAUUUGAACUAGAGCCUGGUUAAAAACAGGUCAUCCGCAGCCUUUUCGCUUUUGGGACACAGCUUCCACGGUUCGGAAGACCCCAGUGCCCACAAGCAACCUGUAUUUCCAAGUGGACAUCUGGUGACAGAAGAGAGGCCACGAUCCCCUGGCGAGAUCUCCAGGCCAAAUAUUGUUCUGGGCUGGCCUGGGAGCAGCCUCACAGCUUGUGGGGGCGUCUCUGGGAUUCCGACCCCUGCCCCAUCAGAACUCUGAACAAUGGGGUCCGCCUCGGACUGUGGGGUCACUGCUGAGACGGGGGCCGCCUCUUGUCAUGCCGAUGCAACGGGCAGUUGUUGUGUAUGAUGAAUA